AUGUCAAGAUUAGACUAUUACAGAAAUGAGCAACAACAUAUUCGGUCUGAGUUAUAUAAAGGUAUAGUUGACACAGUAACGCUUGGAGAAAGAGAUGCCUCUAAUGUUGGCAAAAGGAUAAUAUUGCAAUCUUCUUGUAUUGGAGGUCCACGAGACAUGAGAAAGAGAUACAUGGAAGCUAUGGCUUUGGUUCAGCGAUAUGGAAAACCGGACAUUUUUUUAACGAUGACUUGCAACCCAAACUGGAAAGAAAUUACCAAUGAACUAAGCCAACAUGAAGAAGCUCAAAAUAGACCCGAUUUAGUUGCUCGAGUAUUCCAUGCCAAACUGGAAGAAUUAAAAGACAAAUUAUUUAAACGUGAAAUAUUCGGCAAGGUUGCCGCAUACGUCUAUGUUAUUGAGCACCAAAAAAGGGGCCUACCACACGCUCAUUUUUUAAUUAUCCUACAAGGCGAUUGGAGAUUACAUGCACCCGAAUAUUUUGAUGAGAUAGUAUCAGCGGAGAUUCCUGAUAAAAAUACAAACAUGCACUUGCAUAACGCUGUUGUGAAACACAUGAUGCAUGGACCAUGUGGAGAUUUGAAUCGAUCAAAUGUUUGCAUGAAGGGCAAUCCUCCACGUUGUAAAAGUAAUUAUCCAAAAAAUUAUGCACCUUUUACGUCUGUUGGAAAUGAUUGCUUCCCAAUAUAUAGACGCCGAAACAAUGGAACGCACGUGAAGGAUGUCAAGUAUCUCUACAAGUACAUUUAUAAGGGUCAUGAUCGUGUUGCUUUCAACUUAGUAUCUGAACCAAGAAAUGACGAAGUUGAUGAAAUUCACCAGUUCCAAAUGGCCCGAUGGAUUGCAGCACCUGAAGCUAUGUGGAGAAUAUAUGGGUUUAUUGUUAAUGAGAUGUACCCGUCAGUUUAUAGUUUGCAUCUGCACCUCGAGCAUCAACACCCAGUAACUUUCAGAGCAGAUCAAGACCUAUCGAACAUUGCCACUUCAGAACAUUUUAAAAAAUCAAUGCUAACAGAAUUUUUUGUAUUGAAUCGAACUGAUCAAAAUGCAAACGCAUUACCAUACAAACAAAUCCCAGAAAGCUAUGUUUGGAACCAACAACACAAGAUAUGGUCUACUCGAAGAAAAAAAACAGUCAUAGGACGUAUUGUAACAACAAAUCCAUUUGAGGGUGAGAGAUAUUAUCUACGCAUAUUGUUGAACCAUGUAAGAGGGCCGUUGUCAUUCGAAGAUCUAAGGACAGUGAACGGAGUUCUGGCCCCAACGUAUCGUGAGGCAGCGACGAUGCUUGGGUUGUUACAAAGAGACAACUGCUUGGAAGAUUGUUUACAUGAAGCAUCUCUAUACCAAGCGCCUUCGAGUCUGAGACAACUAUUCGCAACGAUAUUAGUUUAUUGCAAUCCAACGAACCCCAGAGACCUAUGGGAACAUUACGAGGAAGAAAUGUCCGCCGAUUUGAAAUCUGAAGAAGAUUCUCUAUCUAUUGUGAGAAAUAAAGUUCUAAAGUCCAUCUCUUCUACAAUAGAAUCCAUGGGAAAAGACAUCAAUUCCUACCAGCUUCUUGACGAGGACAUCUCGUUCGAUGACGAUGAAGAAUUUCAAUCUAGAGAAAUCAACGAUGAAUUGGGAGUUGAAUACCCGAAGAAGAUAUAA